CUUUAACACACGUGUUCCUCAUUCUGUUAAUUGGCUCGGCGAUGUAUUUAACGGGUCAGACGCACAAUGUUGUUACUCGUCCAGUCAUGAUGGCCAGUCUGUGCUUGCGUGUGGUGCUCUUUGCUGUCGUUGCAGCGGUUGCUGUUAAUGCAGAUAUCAGCGUGGACUGUCUGAAAAAGUCUGUUAAAAUCACGUGGAAGAUACCGCCUCAGUUGGUGCCGCACGCUGCGCGUCUCUUCCUUGGGAACUGCAUGGCAUCUCACUUUUAUGUCCUCGCUUCUGGAGAGGGAGUUGCCACCUUCGACUAUAAUCUCAACGACUGCAGAUUCAAAAGGGAGCUGAAAGGAAAGGGCCUCGUGUACCGAAAUGAGUUGACCUACAGGCCACAUGCCAAGUCGAAACCCGCGGACUUCACCUAUCCCAUUGAGUGUGGUUACAAAAGGCCUGAUAAAUGGUUCCCUGAAUUCUUGACCCCUGGGUUUGGUGUUGUUGAAGGACAUGGCAAGCUGGUCUUCCACAUGGCUCUUCUCAAUGAGGCUUUAUCUGGUAUGGCAAAAACGAAUAUCAUCCCACUGGGCUCACUCAUCCCGAUAUGGGCAGCAGUGGAUCAGAAGUCUCAUCAACCAUUGGCACUGUUCAUGGAGGAAUGUGUUGUAGCCACCACACCAGAGCUGUACACAGACAGCCCACGUGAAACCAUUAUCACCAAUAAGGGCUGUCUUGAAUAUGGUAAAACGAGCAACUCCAGGUUUGUGAAUCGGUACCAUUCCUCUGCACUCAUCCUGCUCCUGCAGUCCUUCAGGUUUGGUCUUGGAAAGGAGGUGUAUGUCCACUGCAAACUGUCUGUAUGGUAUCCUGAUGCUCUAAAUGAAAACAAGAAAACAUGCAAUUAUGUUAAAGAAACUGGAAGUUGGGAACUCCUAGAGGACCCACUUCAGAGCAACCUUUGUACAUGCUGUGACUCAAUUUGCAAGGCCCGGCCCAAAAGAGCACUGGAGUCUGAUUCCCAGGGCCUGGUCCAGAACUCUGUGCUGGGGCCAUUGAUCAUCGUGGACUAUUCUGACACCAAGACCCACAACACGACUGCCAACUCUUCCACUGCAGUGCAAGAAGUCCUGCCCCAAGCCUGAUGCAGGAAGCUCGGUGGAUGACCUAAAGGGACGACCUGACUUCUGAUGUCAAACUGACUUCUGCUUUUGAAAAUAAA